AUUAAACCUGUUUGGUUGGUUGAAGAAGGGAAAAACUGAAGCCUUUAUACUUGGGCUUUCUAUUGUGGCCGAUUAGAACCAAGUCACUGAUACGGCCCAUAUAUUAUUAGCCCAAAGCGCGUUGGGAUGGGCUUACGAGCUUUCCGUUUUGAGGGACCAUCACUUCUGUUUUAAGUUUUAACCACUACCUGAAGGUUUCAGAGCAUAGAGCUAUCUGGAAUGGAGAUUUGCCGGCUACCAAGUCAACCGGCCGUUAUUCAUCUCCGGCAGGGUCAAACUGCCGGAGUAUACUCUAUUAAAACGCCACCGUUUUCCCCCUAUAUUAAAUGCAGUCUAGGUGACGAAUCUUGCACUAAAAACCCAGAUUCGAAAAAUCGAAUGUUCAUUCUGGGGAUGGGUUUCGUAGGAAAAUUGUUGGCUGCAGAUUUGAAGUGCAAUGGAUGGGAAGUUACAGGAACUUGUACUAGUACUGCCCGGAAGAAGAAAUUAGAGGAAAUGGGGUUCCAUGCUCACAUAUUUGACGCCAGUGAACCACAAAAUGAGGUCCUCGAUAUCAUGAAAUUCCACUCACAUCUUCUUAUCUCUGUCCCUCCAGUUUUGGGUGUUGGAGAUCCGAUGCUUCAACAUAAAGAAUUGCUAAAAGAAAGACUGAAGGAUGGUAACCUCCAGUGGCUUGGUUACUUGUCAUCGACAAGUGUUUAUGGAGACUCUGGUGGUGCAUGGGUUGAUGAAGAGUUUCCACCAAGCCCGGCAACUGAAUUGGCAAAAGCAAGGAUAGCUGCUGAGGAAGGAUGGUUACAUCUGGCUUGUGAUGUAAAGGUCACUGCCCAAAUAUUUAGAUUGGGUGGCAUAUAUGGUCCUGGUAGAAGUGCUGUUGACACCAUUCUCAAGCAAGAGCCUCUGUCAAAAGGUCAGAAGAUGAGACUUUCUAGGCAUUAUACAUCCCGUAUUCAUGUUGCUGACAUCUGCCAGGCUCUUAAGGCCAGCAUACAGAGGCCAUCUCGUGGGAAGAUAUACAACGUAGUUGAUGAUGAUCCUGCUCCUAGAGAGCAGGUAUUUAAGUUUGCUACGAACUUGGUUGAGGAGAAAUGGCCAGGCCACGUAAGCUCCAGCAACUCUGCUGAAGAGGCAAAGUCUCUAAUCCCGCAGGGAGCUUCAAGGGGAGAGAAGCGAGUCUCCAAUAAACGCAUUAAAACUGAACUGGGAGUGAGGCUGCUUUACCCUACAUAUGAAUCUGGAUUGAGGAGCAUCAUUGAGCAUGUGGAAAAUCCAUUUCCCCUAAGUUGAUUACGUCCCUGUGUGCAAUUAUCUGUAGUGUUUACUGAUGUCAAAGGAUGAAGUGGUUGAGCAUUAGGAUACAAACAUAAAAGUAAUUUUGUAGACGUGAUGAAGCUCAGAAUCCAGAUAUUCAAAAAGAAUAUUUGCAUGACAAUUUGUUAUCCUUUUUAUUUUUUCAAAUACAGAUGAUAAGAUAGUGAUGUGACAUGGUUGGCGUUGGACAAUCCCGUCCGCAUAGUAAGACCAUGUGACAUACACGAUGGAGCCUUUUCUAUCUUUUCUUCUCAAAAUUUGGAUAGAUUAGAUUUGGGAGUUGGGAAAUUUAAGAUAAACAAGAAUACAGUUACGUUGUUAAGACAUUAAACAAGUGGACAAAUAGAAUUUCCAGAUUUUAUUUAGGAUAUUACGUAGUGCUGAGAUCCAAUAUCUCAAUUCUUUUAUUUAUCAUAUAUGAUUCAAUUUAUAUGAAGAUGGUUGAGGUUGCCAGUCUAGGAUAUCUAUCUCAGAAAUUAAAGGUGGGUUGAGGAUAAACAUCAUACUUUAUUGUUGUUGACAAUAAAGUAUGUAGAUAGGGAUUGGUAACAAGUGUAAAAUGAUGGUGGGAACGUGUCAUAGUCAUAAUCCACCAAGCUGUGCAGCGCCUGUUUGCCGCAUCUAUGAAAAAUCUUUUGUCGCUAGCUAUACUAUAUUAUCCUGAUAUGAUUUUUGACAUAUUGCAGGUCAAUUAAUAUGUUUUAACGAUAAUGGUGAAUUGCCCCAUUCCAUCGACUCUUCUGUCUCUACCUGCGAUGCUCAUCAAGUGGAAUACACGUCAUUUGUUCAAAACUGAUGACAGCAACCCCUGGUACAAUCGAUGAGUAAUAGAUUUGUUAUUACUUGAAGACUGAUAAAUAUAGCAAAUAUUGUACAAUCAGGAUUGAGAAUAUGAAAAUUACGAUUAGUUGAACUUGGCCAAUAUAGCGUACUUAAUUCAACAUGACACACUCUAUGCAUCCUUUUACAGGAGUGAUACGUAAAAUCAGAAACCGCAGUUUAAGGUCCCCCCUUCAAUU